CUCUUCGGCCUCUCCCUCGAUGACAACAUCAGGAUGCACAUCGACUUCUUGGUCAAGGAGGUCGGGAUCCCCAAGUCCAGGCUUGGCAAGACCAUUGCAUCCUUCCCGCACAUCCUCGCCUACAAGAUCAAGGACAACCUCAGGCCAACGGUCGCCUACCUGCAUGGAGAGCUCGGGAUUCCGCGGGAACGGAUGGGCAAGCUCGUGUCUACUCAUCCUCAGAUCUUGGGGUACAGCGUGGAGACGAAACUCCGGCCCAUGGCCAAGUACUUGAUAGAGGAGGUCGGGAUCCCCAAGGAGAAGAUCGGAGUCGUCGUUGAGAAGUGUCCCAAGAUCGUUGGAUGCAGUGUCGACCGCAACCUUAGGCCGACUGUUGGCUUCCUGCUGGAGGAGGUUGGGCUGACCCGGGCACAAGUUGGAGCCAUCGUGACCAAGUACCCGAGCCUCCUUGGGCUGAGCAUCGAGCACAACCUGCGGCCCAAGAUCCACUACCUCGUCCGAGAGAUCAAGGUGGACGAGGAGGUCAUCCGCCAACAGCUCGUGUCGUCGCCCCAGCUUCUCGCCUACAGCCUUGAGCAGCGGAUCAAACCGAGACACCGGCUGCUCAUCGGCAAGGGGCUCAAGCUCGGCCUGCACUCGAUGCUCGCCCCCACGGACAACAUGUUCUACCGCAGAUAUGGAGACGGCAAGAAGCACACGCCUGCCAUCAAGAAGGUAACAGCCAUCUCAGGGGGGAACUACUACUGGCAGAAAGACCCUCAGGCUUCGCCCGUGAUGAACGCGAUCCCCUUGGCUGCUGACUCCGGCCGCGCCUGACAAGCGUGCCGGCCCUCAACAUAACCGGGAGUAUCUGGAUGCAGCAGAUCCAGUACUGUUGGAUAACAAGUCGCCCCGUUGAUCUUGAUGCUUCUUAUUCUUUGUUACGACCUGAGCUGAGCGAUGCCGCGGACAUCUAUGUGGCAUUCCAAGUUUGCGGGUUUUGUAUGAUUUUGUACCGUUUCACCUGUCAUCAUAAACCAUACUAUGAC